CGUACAUGGACCUAAAUGCAUUAACUCUGCCGACCAUACCACGGUCGAAUCAUCUUGGCAACUGAAUUCUGAUCAACAAUUGUGUUGACCGAGCUUGUCUCCAAAAUAACUCUCAUUGUUGGUUUCGCGGCUUCCAUGCUGAGUCUGUCAGACUUCUAGAACGUUUCUGUGCAUUACUCGACCUCGGAAUGUGUACUUUGGGUUCCGGGGAUUUUGUGUGGACCGCAAAUUCAAGAACUUGGUUCUCACUAUUCCACAUAGUCACAACCAAGUAAGCUUCACGGACAAUUCACAAUAGACGAUACCUGGCAAGGUACCAGCACCGUCGGGAAGAGGUGUAGUCCAACUCAUUCCUCGGUCACAACCAAUGCUUGCCCUCUUCACCUACCCCAUCAAGUCAGCACCGAGAACUUCAUUACACAUCUGAACCAAAUUAUCCUCUAUGGACAUGGAAACACCACUAGAAGACGGCGACCAGCCGCCCCCCUACUCCCCCCCAUCCUUGAACAAUCAAUAUCAACCAGCCCCAUCUACUCCGCAGUUCCACCCCAACUCCCUAACCUCACAUCUACAUGACCACCUCUCCUCGCUCCCAUACCGCAUCAGACAAACCCAACAACACCGCAACGCCCAGCAAACCUCAAGCGACGUCGCCCUCCUCGACCACCUGGUCCCCAUCAUAGAAUCCUUCCUCAGGGACCUAGGCGCCCAAUCCAUCGCCCCUCCCCUGGCAACCCUGACCCUCGUCCCCGAAGCCGCAGUGCCCGAAGAUGCGGUUCUUAGUGGACUUGACGACAUGCUACGGCGCGGGGAAAUAGGGCGCGUAUUCCGGGUCUCCAUCCUUACCGCGAGGAAGGAUAGCAAGGGUGAAACGAAACCUAGCUCCACAGGACCUCCAACCACAACCACAGGAUCGCGCGAGUUCACCGACUGGGGACGCUGGGGCUCUUCCGGUGGCUCGUUUGGCAGCACGGAGCCUUCCAAACUAUUCUGGUGGCGGGACGAGGAUCUUGCGAAGCGGCUGGCAUUGUACUUACAGCCACAGCCGCAGCCGCAGCAGGAGAAACCAAGCAGUACGCCUUCUCCCGCAGCUCAGAUAAGCGCGGUACAGACUGCGGUGGAGCAGAGGAUACCGGCUGACAAGGAGAAGAAAGGGGGCAGGGGGUUUGGAUGGGGGAAGUGGCGGAGCGUCAGCACGGGGUCACCGGCAGCUGGCACGUCAUCUAAACCCCCUACUAUGUCCGAAUCGUCGCGGAGCGGGAGGGGGUCCGUUGCUGGCGGGUUUGUGUCGGGGCUUAGCGAAGAAAGGGUUGGUGUGGGUGAUGGUGAGCGGACGGAGAUGAGAGUCACCGCCGAGGAGGUUGCGUUCCGCCGGCAAAACGACUUUGGGAUAUAUGAGAGCAUGAGUGGGGUUGCUGUCGUUGUUACUGUCAGGGUUAGACCAUAGGGGACACAAGGGGACAACGUGCAAGCCUCGACCAACACGCAUGCCACAUUCAAGACGUCGGGGCAAUACCGUAAAGCGCCCACUACCCAACGACUUGUAAAAUUACCAGUAUCCGGGCCACACUCUGACGAUCCUCUCGGGC